AUGGUUCAAGAGAUGAGUAAUCGGUUUUCAGAAUCAAGUACGGAGGUACUUACUUGCAUUGCUUGCUUAGAUCCAAAGGACUCUUUUUCUCAAUUUGAUAUUGGUAAGCUACUCCACCUUGCUGAACUUUAUCCGGAGGACUUUUCAUUGACUGAUCGUGCAAUACUUGAGGACCAACUUGAGACUUACAUUCAAAAUGUACGAGGUGAAUUUUCUAUGACUAAAGAUUUGGGAAGUCUUGCUAAAAAGAUGGUUGAAACGGGGAAGAAUACAAUUUUUCCAUUGGUAUAUCGUUUGAUCGAGUUAGCAUUAGUUUUACCAGUUGCAACUGCUUCUGUUGAAAGAGUUUUUUCUGCGAUGAAAAUUAUCAAGACUGAUUUGCGUAAUAGGAUGGGGGAUGAGUGGAUGAAUGACAGUUUGGUAGUAUACAUCGAGAAGGACAUUUUUGCUACAAUUGAAAAUGAACAAAUUUUACAGCAUUUUCAACAGAUGAGCACUCGUAGGAUCCAGUUGCCUCCUCUUGUUUGUAUGUCUAGAUCUGAUGCUGGUGGUUCAAAUUCCAGACAGGAUCAAUUUGACGGCAUCUGUGAGAACUUUCUUCACCUGUUCUGGAACUUGAAGAUGGAGGACACCGGGCGGAUCAACGUGAAUAUGAUGGCAGGAGAAUACGAGCUCUUCAAGGAGGCUAAGAGGCGAGCGACUUCCGAAAAUCAGACCACUGCUUUGUGA